AUGCUGGAUCAGCUGGUCAAGGAACGUGACCACUUGACCGCUUCCAGUGACUACGGCUUCAAUUUCACGAGCAGCAACCACUCCAUGACCCCCGGCCGGAAUUUUUACAUGCACCCGAUCCCCCCGAGUCCAAACUCCUACAACAACAUCACCUACCGCGAAGCGGUCACGAAAAAGCUGCACAAGCCGGUGCCCGUGCCCGCCGACGUGCUGUUGGCACUUACGAAGCACAAGAUGAAACGCGAAGCGGAGCAAGACGGCUACGAGUUCGAUGACGAAGCGGCGGACGAAUCUUUAGGCCUGGAGGACCUGCCAGCUCCGGAGGAGGACAAACAGGAUCAGCAACCGGAUGUUGAGAUGACGACUGCAACAAGAAGAACUACAGCUGCUGCAACAGACGAAGGCACUAGCGCAGUAGAGCCAGCCGCGCCCUCCUCCUCCCUUAUGGAAAGUGAACGACAAACCACGACGAGAAUAAAAGCGACUUCAGCGGCAUCCACCGGGAAAAGUAAAAAGCGACAAAAGAAGAUGAAAGUCCGCCAGAAGAAAGAAAUGUCAAGAAGUGCGAAGGCCCGGGCCUACCAGAACGCGAUUGAUGCGUUCAAUCAGCAGAUGCAUCGUAUGGGAGUGUCAAAAUCGAAAUCGUCAAAGUUGAAAUGAUUUGCCAUGCAUAAAAUGGAUGCCAGUUGGAACCCAGUUUCCAAGUAGUGCAUGACAAAUUUUGGCGGUCCUUAAAUCCAGUUUGUCACGCUGUUUAGGCAAAGACGGCUGAUCUUCUCAUGCUACUUUAGCAGCUCGAGCUCUAACCCCAACCAGGCUUACAAUCGACCUCACUUGCCUGCUCUGCAACGCACGCGCCUCGCGUCAUGCAUUUUAUGCAUGACAAACUAUUUAAACUUUGACGAUUUCAAUCCUGACAGCACUUCCAUACAUCGCAUUCUGGAAGUCGACGGAAAAAUCAGGCAUCCGGGGAAGCGGGAAAAGCUGUUUGGAUAA